AUGGAGCCCCUGCCACUUGAGCUACCCGUUGAUGCAGUACAGCGCAUCACAGCUGAACUCAAAUGCCACCCAACAGAUGAGAGGGUUGCUCUCCGCUUGGAUGAGGAAGAUAAACUGAAGCAAUUUAGGGACUGUUUUUAUAUCCCCAAAAUGAGAGAUCUGCCUUCAAUUGACCCAUCUUUAGUGAAUAAGGAUGAGGAUGCCAUCUAUUUAUUGGGAAAUUCCCUUGGCCUUCAACCAAAGAUGGUUAGAACAUACCUGGAAGAAGAGCUAGAUAAGUGGGCCAAAAUGGGAGCCUAUGGUCAUGAUGUAGGGAAACGUCCUUGGAUUAUUGGGGAUGAGAGUAUUGUUGGCCUUAUGAAGGAUAUUGUGGGUGCCCAUGAGAAAGAAAUAGUCCUAAUGAAUGCUUUGACUGUUAAUUUACAUCUUCUACUGUUGUCAUUCUUUAAGCCUACACCAAAGCGGUACAAGAUUCUUCUGGAAGCCAAAGCCUUCCCUUCUGAUCAUUAUGCUAUUGAGUCACAGAUUCAAAUUCACGGACUUGAUGUUGAGAAAAGUAUGCAGAUGAUAAAGCCAAGACAGGGGGAAGAGACCUUAAGGAUGGAAGACAUACUGAAAGUAAUCGAGGAGGAAGGAGACUCGAUUGCAGUGAUCCUGUUCAGUGGUGUGCAGUUUUACACUGGACAGCUCUUUGACAUGCCUGCCAUUACAAAAGCUGGACAAGCAAAGGGCUGUUUUGUUGGCUUUGAUCUAGCACAUGCAGUUGGGAACAUUGAACUCCACUUACAUGACUGGGGCGUUGACUUUGCUUGCUGGUGCUCAUACAAGUAUUUAAAUUCAGGAGCUGGAGGUCUGGCUGGUGCCUUCGUCCAUGAGAAACAUGCUCAUACAAUCAAGCCUGCGUGA